GUGAAAGUCUCGAAGUCAUGCAGGCUUCACUGAUAGCUGUAGCCUGCGCACCUUCAAACCACGAUGGUCUCUAGUCUGCAUCCCUCAAUGGCUCAACAAAUCUGCCAAACUCCAGGCUAAGACCGACAUAAAUAUGAAAUGGUGGAUAUGGGCACUGUUCAACUCUACCUUUGCCCGAUGUGUCGAAGGGUACGGAAUCAUGGACAGUGCCUUCGCUCAUAAAGGUCUGUCAUGUCGCCAUCCGAGCCGACACCGAGAUCAAACUACUUGCAUCCCUUACCACCUUCUACCUGGCCUUCUCAUUUGAUCUUACUGUCCUGUUCCAUAAGCAUUCUUCCACCAUGACGACCUUUCCCUACAGACAAGUUCUUAUGGUGGGUGCAACAGCUGGUAUCGGGGCGGCCAUGGCAGACCGCCUCAUCUUAGAAGGUACCAAGGUCAUCGCUGUCGGCCGCAGACAAGAUCGACUGGAUGCAUUUGUGCAAAAGCAUGGCGCACAGAAAGCCUGCGCAGUCCGGUUCGACAUCAGUGACAGGCAGAACAUCGGCAAAUUUGUCUCCGAAAUCACCAAAACUUACUCGGAACUGGAUUGUGUGUUCCUCAACGCUGGUGUUCAGAGCGUCGUCAACCUCAGGGAGCCUGAGAAAGUCGACCUGCCAGCCUUUCAUUCAGAAAUCUCUACCAAUUUCUCCGCAUUUGUGGAUCUCACCGUCAGGUUCCUGCCAUUCUUGAUGAGUAAGAAGACUGAAACGAGUCUCAUAUACACCGGGUCCAACCUUGCCAUUGUACCAGCCCCAUCACUACCUGCGUACUCCGCCUCAAAAGCAGCGCUGAAUGCCUUCGUUCUAUGCCUACGCGAGCAGCUCAGGAACUCUUCCGUCAAGGUCAUUGAGCUUUCUCCGCCGCCAGUCCAGACUGAAUUGCACGAUUACAUGGGCGGGGAAAGGGGGCGAGCUCUGGGCAUGCCAAUCGACAAGUUCACAGAUGCUGCAUACAGAGGGCUAGCUUCAGGGCGCGAUCAAAUCAUUAUUGGAUCCAUUGGCCCAGAAGAGACAUUCCAUGAGAUCAUUGAUAAGAGACGAACAGCAUUCGAAAACCUUGCGAAGAUGAUGAGAGGUGGUUAAGAACCUGCAACAUGGUGAAGGACAUACUCGAGGAUUGGCAAGCUAGCUGAUUUGGCGGGUAUGAAGAGGAUGGUAACGUCUACUAGGAGUAACGCUUCUUUUACAAGUAUCGCAUUGUGUAA